CCCCCAAUCAGUUGUUUUUCGGAAGCCAAUACACUAGCACGUACUUUUUUCCAACACAUGAAUAUUUUUUUUAUGUUUAUAAGUACAACAAAUUUUACAAUUUAUUUUGUAUAAAAACCAAUCAAAAUUUUGAAAAUAAUGAGUGAGACAAAGGUAAAAAGCAGAAAGCAAAAGGAGAAAAAGCAAAAAAGCGAUUUGAGAAGAAGACAGGGAGAGGAGGAGGAAAAACGCCAUCGUCAGCUGAUUUUGGGUCAAUUAUCCAGAGCGCCGGGAAAAUGUCCUCUGGGCGACUGCGAACAAAUCAUUUUUCCCUCAAGCCUGCUCGUCCACCUUCUCCAUAAGCACUCCUGUGAUCCGCAUACAUUGGUGGCCAUUAUCUUUGGAAAGCAGGCACUACGCUUGACCUUUGACCCGGAUAAUUUCCAGAAGGGAGUCCCCGAGGCCAUGGCCGUGCUCCUAUAUGGCGGACUCGAGAAUAAGGCCCGAUCUCUUCCAGUCCGCAGGAUGCUAAGCUUUCCCAAUGCCGGACUCUUACACGAUAGACGCCCCUACGAAAACCAUUUGACUUUGGUCCUUAUGAUCUGCAAGACCACUUGGUACUGCCUUCUGCCCGAUAAAGAACUCGCCACUGAACUGGCGGAGAUCAGCGAGUCGGAUGCCACAAUAUAUGUGAUGUGGUUGGUUGCGCCGGUAACCGCAAAGCGAAUUUUCUACACGCUGACCAUCUUUGAUAGUUCCUACUUGCAAUCGCGCAGUGUUAUCCGGAAAACAAGGAACUACACUCAUUCGCAGAAUCCCAAUGAUUUCUUGACCUGCGAAACGGAUUUCAUGUUGAUCCGAAAGGAAGAGGCUAUGGCGCUGUUGAAUGACGAUGAUUCAUCGGGCAUUCAACUGGAAUUGAUCAUACAAGAGGAUCCUGUGGUCUAUUCCUUACAGAUUCCCAGUUCCCGACAUUUAUUUGAGACCUAUAAUGGUCCCGGUUCCAGAAUGCCGCGUAAUAAAAUGGAUCUUAAUCGGGACGCCAACGGCAAACUGUCCCUCAACCGAAAGCCCCUGUCGAAUCCCACGAUAGCAGUUCCACUGGCCACUCAUCCAGAGUUGGGCAAUUACAAGGCCAAGUCUGGGGCUUAUAGAAUCAUCGAGAGAUCGAGGGAAAGGUCGAAGAGUAAAUAUGUACCGGCUGUCAAAGCAUAUCAAAGAGGUUCUUCUGCGAAUCGAGGUGAAUCCCACAAAAGAGGUCUGAGAUAUACGAAUGAAAUGGGUCAAGAAAAUUCAUUUUACACUGGACAACAUGAUGAUCAAGAAAAUCGCCACAAGAAAGAACACGGCCGUCGUAAUCACAAAACUGAAGAAGGUUCUAAAUGUUUCAAGAAAGAUGACAAAAAAGUGGGCAAGAAAAGACAGAGUAAUUUUGAAACUAGUCAUAUAAGUGUGAAAGAGAGCUUUCAAGAAAAUUAUGAAAAUAAUCUUGAAAAAUGUGAUGAUGCAGCAAUUCCUGAAAGAUCCUUUGGAGGCGAGGACUUGACCCCAAAUGAUAAUAAGUUAAGUAAAGGGAAAGCCGAAACUAAUUUUCUACACCACUGUAAGGCUACAGAAUACAUACCAUUAGAGCCCGAAGAAAGGCCAGAAACAAGUGAAGGAGUAACUAGGGAAUCAAUGAAGGCAACCAAAAUGAGACGCAUAAAAGAACUCCAGCAAUCAAUUUUGGAUUUGCAAGUUCCAAUUACCAAAGAAGUACUGCAAUCGAUGAAAGAGGCAGUUUUAAAUUUGGUCAAGGAGGCGGUAAGAAAAGUGGCCCAAGAAACGGUGAUCACUAAAAUAGAUUUGCCGUCGGAGUUGGAAUUCCAAGUGGAACCGGAAACGAAACCGGAAAAUGAAACCAUGCAGGAAACGCAAAGCCAGACCAAAAUCCCAGGAGUAUCAAUCAGCAUUGAAGCAGUAUACCGAUCCGAUUGCGAUUUAUAUUCAGAACCAAAAUAACUUUGAACGCCUCAUGUAAUUUGUAAGGGUCAUUGCUUAAAAAUCCUUAGUUAUAUUGGCUAGACAUUUCCGUCUCAACUAAUCCCAAAUUCGACCCAAAAAAUUGUACUUCUCUUUCCGUUUUUUUCAAUCAGUAAAUGACCCAAAUUCUGGUAGCAUACCAAAUAAGAUUAUAUGCGAGAAGAAAA